CCCUGCCCGGUGUUUGGUAUCCUCUCUCAGCCUGCUGCUGCCAUUGGCGGUGCUGUGAGUUCCCGGCCUGUGAGUGGUGGGGACUGUACUCCCUCCCGGAGGCCUCCAUUGUGUGUGUGUAACUGCUGCCAGUAUAACGGAGCUGCAGGGCCAGGGCUGUCUGUGUUCGGUGAGGUCGCUGUGUCCCCGGCACGGUUGGAUCAUCCCUCCACACCAUGGCCUCGUUGGAUACGGGCUGUGAUGGGGACGAGGCCUGCGGGACCCCCGACAGCGCUGAUGGGCGGAGGAGUUGCAGGCGGAAGAGACCCAAGACUGUUCCAGUGUGGGAGAAUAAGCCAUGUGGUUCCGCACGGAGUCUGGUUAGGAAAAUUGGUUCCCACCUGCCACUGAAACCUUGUGCUAGAGCCUGCUUUGAGGCUCUCCCGAGUUCUGAUCUAUAUUUCACUGAUGCACCAAUGGUCCCCUCACUAGCUGAUAUUAAGUGGAUUGCUGCAGAUGACGAUGAAACCUAUGCAAGAGUCAGGAGUGACACGAGACCACUGAAACACAAAUGGAGACCAAGUCCUCUUUUAGUUAUGCAGAGAAAUUCCUCUGUCCCCAAUCUAAAAAUGAAAGAAGAAAAAAUGUUUUGUUUAAAGAAAGCGGGCAUGUCCUUAAACAGAUCUACGGACCUGCAAGAUGAGCUGAGUCUCCUGAGAAGUCAGAUCGCUAGGAUAGUUGCUGUAGACACAGCAUCACCGAGUGCAGCGGAUCCUCUCCCUGGAAAUGUGGACCAAAAUGCAUUGUUUCCUGACUUUGCUCCCUCUUUCCAAUCAACCACCUCAUUUGUAAUUAGUGACAUUACUGAAGAGGAUGAGCUGGAUGUGUCGGAGUACUCAUCUGCUUCAAUAAUGGAGUCUUCCUUUAGUCACCAGAGACAGAUAGAGGCCAACAUGUCUGAUGAUGAAGACUCCCUCUGCCUCUCCAAGUCCAAUAGUUUUGCAGAUAUGAUGGGAAUAUUGAAGGAUAUUCACAAGAUGAAAGUUAACCGAGAUUGGUCUAACAGAAACCAGUGCUCACACAAAGAAGAUGAUCCUAUCAAUCUUAUCUCAGAGGUUCUGAGGCAAAAGUUUGCACUAUGUGAUCAAGAUGACAAAAAGAACAUUUAACCAAGUUUAUUUAAAAUAAUUUUCUUCAUGUAAAGGUCACUUAUUUUGUUAUAAAAGAAGGACGAGGUCCACACUUUUUGGUGUGUUUUUAUCACGUGUAUAACAUAUUUGAUAUGGAGAUGAAAGAAAUACCCGGUUUCUGCUUUAGAGAGUCCGUUAACCAAGAAACUGUUUUAAUUACUGCACAUUCUCUAUAUCUAUAUAAUACUAAUUCGUUAGGUCAGUUCUUGGAGAUAUGGUUGUUAAAUGUCAGUAAACAUAUACCCUGCUGAAAUGAAAAUGGGCUGCUGAGGUAUAUAGUUCUGACAUGUUUUCUUUUAUUGUCACUGGUUGCUUAGAAUAUAUAAUUGAUGUUACAACAGGGAAAAAAAAACUUCUAAACUUCUAUUCACUGUGGUCUCUAACCUUUUAUGAUGCUGUGUCCCACAUGAAGGUUUUAGCUUUUCAUCUGUGUGAUUGACACCUACUAUAUCCUAAAGAGGCAAGUGCUGCCUUUUCUUGUCCCACACCAACGCUGCAGAUUUUCUAAUACUGGCUCUAUGCUUCCUGUAUUGCUCAUAUUGUUAUAUUUGGGAUGUGGUUAAUAUACCACCUGUGCGAUCCCGGCCUUCAGGAUUCAGACACUGGAAUCACGACAGCUGGGGAAAUGUCAGUGGUCGGAAUGCAGGCCGCAACCCGGUAUUCCCACUGGGGUGGUGGGUCCUCGCCACCACCCGAGUGGGAAUAUAAACUGCGGGGGGCGCAGCCGCUUCCAGGAUUCCGACUAAUGGGGUGUCACUGUUGGUAUAGUGAUACCUGGCAUAAAGUCUGCCGGUCUCUUAAUAGGCUCUUUCGUGUCCUGUAUAUCAAUCUAAAAUUUCUGUCUGUCUCCUGAACUGUAUUAAGCAACAAAUGUUCAUAUGAUUAUCCGACAAUGUACAAACCUCUACAAUAUUUCUAUGGAUGACUGGUGCAACACUUGAAAAUGAAGCAUCUGUAACAAUAACACUAACUGUGCAGAUGAUUACGUUACACCAGUAAAUUGUAUUUAUUAGUUUUAGUGAAAUGUCACCUUCUUAUGUUAUGGCAGUGGUUCUCAAACUCUGUCCUUAGGACUCCAGCUUACGUUUUUCAGGUCACCUAGCAGGUGCACAGGUGUAGUCCUUUUAGUCAUUACUCACUGACACAUUUUAAAAGAUCCACAGGUAGAGAUAUUUAAUUCACUUGUUGUUUUGUGAGGGAAGCUGGAAAACAUGAAUGGUUUUGGCCCUGUGGAAUGAGCUUGAGAACCUAUGCUCUAGUGCACAGGUUCUCAAACUCGGUCCUCAGGACCCCACACAGUGCAUGUUUUCCAGGUCUCCUCACAAAAUCACAGGUGAAAUAAUUAGCUCCACCUGUAGACCUUUUAAAAUGUGUCAGUGAGUAAUUAAUACACCUGUGCACCUGCUGGGUUACCUGCAAAACAUGCACUGUGUGGGGUCCUGAGGACCGAGUUUGAGAACCUAUGCUCUAGUGAUAUCUUUAUUUUCCGGCAGUGUUCUUUUUCAUCCAGCCUUUGUUUUUUUUGGGUGAAGGGAAGAGGGAGGGGAGGGGUGGUUAGUGAGCAGUUAUUUUAUGGAGAAGACUUGUGUGUAUGUCUGGGGGGGUUUGUUGGUUUGUUUUUUUCUCUCUCAUUUUGAUCUUAAAAUAAAAAUGGAGCAACUGUUACAUUUAUAGAAAAAUGUGUACUUCAGAGUUUUUUUAAUUCUAAAAAUAAUGAAAACAUUGCAACUUAUUUCAUUUCAAAUUAUUUGUAACUUUAAAAAAAAAAAAAACUAUUUUGUGUGUGGAUAGUAUUUAAGAGAGUAUGGGUGUGCAGCCAUUUUCUUAUCUACAUGUGUGUCCAAUAUCCCAGAACAAAGUGAACUAUCUUCUGCUUUCUUCCGUUCAUGAUGUAGCAUGUGGUCUAUGAGCCCAGGCUACCUACUCCUGUGAAAGCUUAUCUGAGAAAAUGCUGUUACAAAUCGGUCUUCAUGCCCACACUAUCAUCACUAAUAACCUGUUUCAAGCUCCCUAUUGUAUGUUUAAAAAAUGAAACAAAAUGUUAUUGAGGAUGGGAAUCAUAAUAACGUAAAAUAAAAAGUUUGGUUUGCAUUUAUUUUACAUUUUUAUAUAGGAUUCCUGCAAACCACUUUGUUCUUGCAGGAAAGUUUUACCACUUCUGAAAUGUUUUGCAGUGAAUCCUUUACAACCCUCUUGUGGAAUUGCACCUGGUCAUGACAGCCUGUUUCAUGUGCGCCUAUUUGUAUUGUAGGCCAGAGUAUCCUAAACUAGUAAAACUGCCAGGACCUUGUGCAUGUGGCUGCAGGGCAGGAUUUUGGAGAGUAGGGCAGGCAGGUUUCCACUAUAUAUGGGUACCAGCCACAUUUAUCAAUCUAAAAAAAAAAAAAAAAAUAUAUAUAUAUAUAUAUAUAUAUAUAUAUAUAUUUCUCAAAUCUAUGCACAAUAGCAAAAGUUGUAUUUAAUAUCUGGAAAGUAUUUGGUUAGUUUUUAAAUGAAGAAAAUACAACCAGUCAAAUGUAGGACUAUAGCUUCCUACACCCAGGAUUAAGCUUAAUCCGCUUCAUUUUCCUAGGUCUUUAUCAGUGCUGCUGCUCUAAAUGCUGGCAAUUUAUCUACUUUGUAGAAUGAAUUUCCAGUGUAUCUGUGUCACAUGCAUGAAGGUUUCUGCCUGCUGACUGACAUAUUCGUUUAGCUAUAUGACUCUAGUUUUUGCUCAUAAAACAUUUAUCUAAAAUGCCACUGUUAAACGAUGUAUCAUCAGUCUAAUUUCACCUUGACAUUGUAAAUUCCAUGCACAUCUUGGUUAACAUGCCCAUUUAAAAUGAUCAGGCUAUCAAUGACAGAAUGUUGUUUUUCUUAUUAGAUAGUGCUGGAGGCGGCAUGGAUUAUAAGACAAAAUGGUGCUAUCAUAUCCAGCAUGUCUUGUAUAGAGGCUGUUUACUAAUGUUACAUAAUGCUGUACAGUAUAAAAUUCUAAUAUGAAAUAAACGACUGAAAACCAA